AUGGAGGAUGGUAUGGAGCAUCCUGCAGUGAGGAAUGUGGUCAUUGUUUUAAUGAUACAAAGUGUUACCAUGUCAACGGUUCUUGUUUAGAAGGAUGUUCUGCAGGAUACGAAGGAUCUAAUUGUAAAAUGAACUGCAGCGGUGGAAUGUAUGGAUAUAACUGCAAUACACGCUGUGGCCACUGUCUUAACGAUAAACAAUGUCAUCACAUUUAUGGGAACUGCUCACAGGGAUGUUCAGCUGGGUAUAAAGGGACGCAUUGUACUGAAGAAUGUGAUGGUGGUUUGUAUGGAUAUAAAUGCAAUCAGAGCUGCGGACACUGUCUUAAUGGUACUCACUGUCAUCACAUCACUGGAAAAUGUCCAGACGGGUGUAUUGGUUACAAGGAACCAUACUGUAAAGAUAAAUGUGACGGCGGAAUGUAUGGUACAAACUGUAUCCAAACAUGUGGAAAGUGUCGUAGUGCGAGACAGUGUCACCAUAUUAAUGGUGAAUGCUCAGAAGGAGGAUGUGCUGAUGGAUUUGGGGGAUCCCUCUGUAGUGAGCCAUUAAAAACCGAAGAAAAUACUCUUCCAGUAGUUGGGGGAUCCAUCGCUGCUAUUGUUGUUGUACUCGUUGUUAUCAUACUUGUUGUCAUCUUUAUUAGGAGGUCGCGGACUUUGAAAGGGACUGAUCAAGAAACAAUGAAGACCAAUGAAGAAAUAAACAUAUCUAAAAAGACGGGGUUUACAGAUAUUUAUGAGAAUACAAAAGGAUUACCACAAUUCAAAGAGAAAAAGAUAAAUUCCGAAAAUUUCCAAAAAACGGGUAUAGAUGUCACAUUAGGAAACAACGAGCGCGAAGAUGAUAUUGACAACGACGAAAAACUACAUGACGAAAACCCAUAUGGAGAUUUCUAUUUAAAUGAGGAAACAAUCCCAGAUAUAGAUAUAGAAAAAUUGGAGAAUGUAAUAAAGGAAAAAAGGAAAAAUGAAGACGAUGGAUUUAAAAGGGAAUAUGCUGCCAUGCCAUAUGGUGAGAAGUACCCUUGUGAUGCUGGAAAGCUACCGGAAAACGUGCCGAAAAACAGAUUCAAGACCACAUUUCCAUAUGACCAUUCAAGAAUCAAAUUGUCAGAUAGCCAGUCUGACUACAUCAACGCCAAUUAUAUUGACGGUAUUGCCAAGUCAAAAGAAUAUAUUGCAGCACAAGGGCCUCGACAGAACACCAUUAAGGACUUCUGGACGAUGAUUUGGCAGGAAAAGGUUGACCAAAUAAUCAUGCUGACCAACCUCAAAGAAGGCAAUAAGGCGAAAUGUUCCAAGUACUGGCCAGAUCUGUAUCAGUCUAUAUCAUUUGGUGUCAUCUCGUUACUGGCGGAAGAGGAGCAAAUGUACGCCAAUUAUAAAAUCCGGAAAUUUAGAGUAACCCAUAAAGUGCAUAAAAAGUCCCGCAUUGUGACCCAGUACCACUACACUGCCUGGCCGGAUCACGGGAUUCCGGAACCGCUCUGUCUUGUAGUAUUCCAUGAUCACGUGACAAGGACAACGGAUCAACAAAAUACUGGUCCCAAAUUAGUUCAUCGCAGCGCAGGGAUCGGGCGCACUGGGACUUAUAUAGCAUUAGAUGCUUUAUACAAGGCGGGAAAAUCAGAAAGGAAAGUCAACAUCGCGGAAUACGUCAAGAAAAUGAGGGAAGGCAGGAUGAACAUGGUCCAAACUUACGAACAGUACAAGACUAUUUUCCUCGCGCUUGAAGUCGUGUUCAAAGCUCCAACAUGUGUCCUCACCAAACCUGAAUUUACAAGGAAGGCAGAGUUAAUGACCCUGGAUAAACCAGCCAAUGAAAGCGAACUUCGAAAAGAGUUCCAGAAUCUCCUAAGAGUGAGACCCAGAUACACAGAAGCAGCCUUCAAAUUUGCUAUAGAGAGCAGCGGAAGUAAACUAGGUGUUCUUCCACUUGACAAGUAUCGCCUGUUCCUGUCAUCAAGUGUACCACAACGCGGGAAUUACAUCAAUGCCAUUACACUUCCUUCCUACACCAAGAACAAGGCAUUUAUAAUAACGCCUUAUCCCCCAGCAGGGGACGCUGUCAACUUUCUGCGCCUACUCACUGACCAUGAAUCAGAUAUAGUCAUUUGCAUGGAUCCCCUAACGAAAGUUGAAUCAACAAAGAUGUGGCUACCAGCUGCUAACAGUAAGAAAACUGUCACUCCAUUCACGAUCAAUUGUGGACAAGAGCAAGUCACAGAUAUAAAAUGUUCAACAAUCAACAUUAUCCAAGAUGGGGCAAAUGACGAGGGAUGUUCUGUGUCGAUUUCAGAACCAAAAGGAAGCUUGAAAAUAGCAGAAAACUCACAGGCGACAAUACAGAUGUUACAUUUGGUUUCAUCUGCACUUCAAAGUAAAACUGAGGGUCCCAUUACAGUAGUCAGCAGUGACGGUGCAGUCCUAUGUGGAGUAUUUUGUGCUGUGUUUAACGCACUCCAACAGUUGUCUAUGGACGGGGAGGUGGACAUUUUCACUGCCGUCCGUCAAUUACAGAUAAGACGACCGGAACUCUGCUCCACUCUGGAGGAGUAUAUGAUGAUCUACAAUAUUGUUCUGGACUACAUCCGGGCACAAGAAGAAAUAUCAGAGGAAAAUAUUUAUAGCAACCAAUGAUAAUAUUUUG